GGACGCUGGUCUCUCCGCCUUCAAGAAUAUGAUUUCACCAUCGUAUAUAAAUCAGGAAAGAUGCACCAUGACGCUGACUGUCUGUCUCGCUACCUCCUUCAACCGCUGCACCCUCCGAUCAGCCCGUUUUAUCGUCUAGGG